AUGGUGCCCAAGGCGACAUCAGGCGACUGGCGACCCUGUGGCGACUAUUGUGCCCUCAGCAGCGCCACCAUUCCUGAUCGGUACCCCGUGCCUAAUCUUCAGGACUUUGCUGGAGCCCCUUUCGGAACAGCGGUUUUCUCGAAGAUUGAUCUGGUGCGGGCUUUUUAUCAGAUUCCGGUCGCCCCUGAGAACAUCCCUACAACCGCCGUCACCACACCCUUCGGUCUCUUCGAGUUCAUCCGCAUGCCGUUCGGUUUUCGUAAUGCCUCUCAAACUUUCCAGAGGUUUAUCGACCAUGUCUUACAUGGCCUACCCUCUGUGUAUACCUACAUUGAUGACCUCUUGGUGGCCAGCCAGAAUGAAGAAGAGCACAAAGAGCAUCUUGCCUUGGUGUUUGACCGCCUUGACAAGUUUGGCGUUGUCAUCAACCCCUCUAAGUGCGUGUUGGGUGUGCCUUCGCUCGAGUUCCUCGGCCAUCAUGUCAACUCUGAAGGUUUGCGUUCCCUCCAAGGUUGA